CAAAGAAUCGGUCGGAAAAAAGGAAAGAUCAAAUAAUAUAUAAAGAGAAACUUAAAAAGAUUAGCUACAUGUCAUCAUCUUUUUUUCUUCUCUUUAUAUUAUGUCUACAGUGAAAGGCAUUGGUAGUUUUGGCAGUACUGCUCUUCUUGUUUCUUCCAUGACAGGACCUGGACUGUCAACCAUUCCUGCUUUAUUUCAAACGUCUGGCUGGAUUGUACCUGUGACUAUCUUUAUUGUCAUUGCUUUCUUGUCUGGUUGUUCUGCUCUGUUUGUUUGCGAGGCACUCUCUAAUAUCCGAGGAAAUGAGAAAUUUCAGGCUAAAGUAGAACUGACGACAAUCGCUCAAGUCUAUCUCGGAAAAAAAUAUCACUAUUUUUUUCAGUUGAUGCUUUUCUUGGCAUUACAAGCUGUCAAUGUUGCUAGUAUUGUUAUUUCUACACAAACGUUUGAUAACAUGAUUAUUGCUAUCUUUAAAGGGACUUGUGGUGCUAGUCUUAAUCCUGGUGGUUGGUUCUGCAUUACUGAUGAAACUGGUCUGAGUGGCAAUUCACCUUUUCCUAGUUCUGAUUACUAUCUUUUUACAUUUGGCUUCCUAUUAUCUGCUCUAUUGAUCAUUCCGUUGGGCUUCUUUAGUUUAGUAGAGAACAUUGCAUUCCAAAUGAUAUCCUUUACUGUCUUGACAGCUGUAUUGAUUGCAUGGAUUGUCGGAUUUGCUCAAGAUGGUCUGGACACUGAUCUGUUACCUAUUACAGGUCCCAAUGCAAGUAUGGUGCUUGGUAUAGCUAUUUUCAACUACAGUUAUAUCACUACCAUUCCAUCAUGGGUCAACAGUUUGCGUCCUGAUGUGAGCAUUCAUAAAUGCUUGUGGAUAUCUGUCCUCAUUUCUACUUUAUUCUAUAUCUUACUAGGUAAUGUUAUGGAUAUAGAUACAAUGACUUAUUUUCUAUUAGGUGUUUUUGGCGCCAUGGCAUAUAAAAUGGAUGCAUCCAGUGAUAUUUUAGCCGUAUUGAGCGCAAACGGUUCUAAAGCAUCUAAAGUGAUGGCGUAUCUGUUCCCUGUUUGUGCAUUAGUGACUUCUAUUCCGGUCUUUACAAUUGUCAUCCGAUCCAACUUACUUCGAGGUGAAAUCUGUAGUAAAUCAUGGGCCGUUUUCUGGUCGAAUUUGUUUCCUUGGUUUGUUUGCAUCCCUUUACAAACAACAAACUAUGUGAAUGAAAUUCAAAAUUGGAGCAGUCUUUUCUUUCAAUCGACUUGUAACUUUGUUUUGCCUUUUAUUCUCUACUUUGUGUCUAGAAAGUACGUUGCUUCCGUUGAGCCGGCAGAGGAUACAGAACAACCCGUUGCUCCACCCAUUGAAAAGCAACAAAUGAUGAUGUCUCAAGUCCCAGUGCCUCCAUCUGUCAUGCAAAAUCCUAACGAUAACGAUGUCCGCAUGUUUAAUCCAGAUGAUAAUUAUUCCAUUUCCAUUCGCAGAUCAAGUAUUCACCCGUCAAGGCAUAGUCAAGUUGAGCAAUCAAUCAUUGCUUAUUCACCUGCGAUGGAGAAAGUACCUGCUAUUGUCUAUAGUGAUAUCUAUGACUCAAAUCCAAGUUCACCUAUCAUGCCUAAGGCACCUUCUUCACCAUUAUCUCCUCAUCGUAGUCCAAAUGGUCUAGGUAUUUCUGGCCCAACCAAUGAUAGUCAUCUUGCAGUACCACCAGCAUUAUCUACCCCUGGAUCCCCUGAUUUAUCUUCUGUAAGUUCAAAGAAAGAACAGGCGUUGUCUGUACCCAAAU